UCAUUAAUUUGAAAAGAAUCUGAUCGUUUUUCAUUUAUUGUCGGGUUUUGAGUAUUUUUCUCAACAAUGAUCGAGCCAAAGAAGCGCGGCGCAGAGAUGGCAGUCGUUCCCGCCGAAGUGAAGAGGCCCCGGACAGAGCUAGUGGCUGCAGCGCAGUCCCAGCUCUCUGCUAUGGGCCCUCCACGCAGCUCCAGUCUGCAGGCUCCUAUAAUGCUGCUCUCUGGUCAUGAAGGUGAAGUAUACUGCUGCAAAUUUCACCCUAAUGGAGCCACGUUAGCCUCCUCUGGAUAUGACCGCCUCAUCUUGCUGUGGAAUGUAUAUGGAGACUGUGAAAACUAUGCAACACUUAAAGGUCACAGUGGAGCUGUGAUGGAGCUUCAUUAUAACACUGAUGGCAGUCUGCUCUUUUCAGCCAGUACGGACAAGACGGUGUGUGUGUGGGACAGUGAGACAGGGGAGCGUGUGAAGCGUCUGAAAGGACACACGUCCUUUGUGAACUCAUGUUUUCCGGCUCGGCGCGGCCCACAGCUGGCCUGUACGGGCAGUGAUGAUGGAACUGUAAAGCUGUGGGACAUCAGGAAGAAGGCCUCUGUUCACACUUUCCAGAACACAUAUCAGGUUCUUAGUGUAACAUUCAAUGAUACCAGUGACCAGAUCAUCUCAGGAGGCAUCGACAAUGACAUAAAGGUAUGGGACCUCAGACAGAACAAACUGAUUUACAGUAUGCAGGGUCAUGGAGACUCUGUGACAGGUCUGAGUCUCAGUGCAGACGGGUCCUACCUUCUGUCUAACUCAAUGGAUAACAGCGUGCGUGUCUGGGAUAUCCGUCCAUUUGCACCAAAGGAGAGGUGUGUGAAGAUCUUUCAGGGAAAUGUCCAUAACUUUGAGAAGAAUCUUCUCAGAUGCUCUUGGUCUUCUGAUGGGAGUAAGAUUGCAGCUGGUUCUGCUGACAGGUUUGUGUAUAUUUGGGACACAACAUCCCGUAGGAUCCUUUAUAAGCUCCCUGGUCAUGCUGGGUCUGUGAAUGAGGUUGUUUUCCAUCCAGAAGAACCAAUUGUUCUCUCUGGAUCCACGGGCGGUGAGCGUCCACCCACAAACCCCGCUCCGCUCACCCUCCCGGUGCGGAUGUUGACAAAGAGCCGGAGUAGGAGGAUGGUUGCUCAAGCUACAGCGCCAGUCUGA